UCAGGUGAGUCCGGUCUGGGAAAGUCCACCCUGGUGAACAGCCUCUUCCUCACCGACCUGCACAAAGACAGGAAGCUGCUCAAUGCAGAGGAGCGGAUCAGUCAGACGGUGGAGAUCACCAAGCACACGGUGGACAUCGAGGAGAAGGGCGUGAAGCUGAAACUCACCAUCCUGGACACUCCGGGGUUCGGGGACGCCGUCAACAACACGGAGUGCUGGAGAGCGAUCACAGACUACAUCAACCAGCAGUUUGAACAAUACUUCAGAGACGAGAGCGGACUCAACAGAAAGAACAUCCAGGACAACCGAGUGCACUGCUGCCUCUACUUCAUCCCUCCGUUUGGACACGGGCUGCGUCCGGUCGACAUCGCCUUCAUGAAGGUGCUGCAGGACAAAGUGAACGUGGUUCCUCUCAUCUCCAAAGCCGACUGUCUCACUCCGACGGAGAUCAAGAAGCUCAAAGAGCGGCUGAGGGAGGAGGUCGAUAAAUACGGGAUAAAGGUCUACCAGUUCCCUGACUGCGACUCUGAUGAGGAUGAGGAGUUCAAGCGUCAGGAUAAAGAGCUGAAGGAGAGCACCCCGUUCGCGGUGAUCGGCAGCAACACGGUGGUGGAGGCCCGAGGUCAGAGAGUGAGAGGGAGGCUGUACCCGUGGGGGAUAGUGGAGGUGGAGAACCCGUCACACUGCGACUUCGUGAAGCUGAGGACCAUGCUGAUACGAACACACAUGCACGACCUGAAGGACAUCACCAGCGACUGUCACUACGAGAACUACAGAGCCCAGUGCAUCCAGAACAUGACCAGUAAGAUGAACGCUGAUAAGCGAGUGGAGAGUCCCAUCCCCAUCCUGCCGCUGCCGUCCACGCCGGACGUGGAGACGGAGAAACUCAUCAAGAUGAAAGAUGACGAACUGAGGAGGAUGCAGCAGAUGCUCCAGAAGAUGCAGCAGCAGAUGCAUGAGCAGGACCUGUGACCUGUGACGCCAUGAAAUCUGAGCCUUUAGGUGUUAAACCAGGACAAAAUCCAACACAACACCGGCAUAAUCCUUUAAAACACCCAUCUCUCUUCAGGGGAUGAGAGGAGGAGUAUUUACCCCAUUCUGAAUAUCUCACUCACAGAGUAAUACGUAGAUGAAUGACAGCAUGCUGGAGGAUGUAUCCGACCACAUUUCGAUGUUUCUGACACUCCUUUUUUUUUUACAGUCUUUAGCCAAGUGAGUUGUAGUUAGGCGAUAGGAAGUAGUUGCACUUUGUUACCUUUAAGACACUGUAGACUUGAAACACUGAAUGAGACUAAUGCACCUUAGCCUCGACUUGUGGAGUAGUUGAUGCACUGAGUGUGUGAGCACCUGUUGUAUGUGAGGAGCUGAAAAAGAUGCUGAUGGUUUGAAAAGGAGAAACAGUCUGUAUGGAGAGGAACAGCAGGAGGAGGAACACAUCCCAGCUCCCAAGGUUGAUAAUCUUUCUCUCUAUAAACAGAUAUCUGCAUGAAGAGCAGCUAACAACCUAACAUUUACACUGAGACACUAAUCUGCUUGAUGCUGUGUCACUAAAGACAAUCAGCAUUCAGAUUUCCUGACUUCCCUGAACGCAGCAUCAGAAAUGAUGGAUCCCACCUCCAUUCAACAAACAAACAUUGUAGACGUAGUUUUCUUCUCCUCUUGAGGACAGACCUGACAAAGCUUUUUACUUUCAGCUACAACUAACCUGUAAUUACAGAUUCUGAUUCAGAGACAUGUUGGAUCUGGAUCUCAGGGUCUGGGUUUUUAGUCUGAGAAGGGUUCUGGUCUCUGUCUGUAGUCUGAGGAGUAUCCACCAAUCAGGUGUCAGCAGGAGAAACAGUCUGUAUGGAGAGCAACAGCAGGUGUUCUAGAAUUCUGUCUUUGAUGAGGAAAGGAGAGGAGGAAAGAGGAAAGGAGAGGAGGAAGGAAAAAAGGAGAGGAAAUGAGAAAGAAGGAUGAAAAUUUAGGAAAGAGGAGAAGAUGUGAGAAAAACAAAGAGAAGGACAAGAUAUAAGAC